AUGUCUUUUCGUGUGGUUCGCCAGAGUAAAUUUCGACACGUGUUUGGCCAGGCUCUGAAACGAGAUCAGUGUUACGACAACAUCAGAAUAACCAGCAGUAGUUGGGAUUCCACUUUUUGCUCCGUCAAUUCCAAGUUCAUCGCCAUCAUCACGGAAGCCGCGGGUGGGGGGGCUUUUCUGGUCUUACCCCUUGAAAAAACAGGGCGAGUAGAUAGAGACGCACCGAUCGUUGGAGGCCACAAAGCGGCCGUCCUUGACGUUCAAUGGUGUCCCCACAACGAUGACGUCAUCGCCAGCGCCUCUGAGGAUUGCACAGUAAAAGUCUGGCAAAUACCUGAACGUGGUCUCUUUCGAAGUCUAGACGAGCCAAUCGUAGACCUGCUCGCCCACCAGAGAAGAGUUGGUCUGGUUGUCUGGCAUCCGUCUGCUCAUAAUAUUCUUCUUAGUGCAGGCUCCGACAACAAAAUUUUCAUAUGGAACAUAAGCACGAGUGAAGUCGUCAGUGAAAUAGACUUUCCAGAUAUCCCGUUGAGUGCUUCGUGGAAUUGGGACGGUAGCAGGGUGGUGGCUUCAUCUAAGGAUCGCAAGUUGAGGGUCAUUGAUCCCAGGACUGGUCGGCUUAUUAGGGAGGGAUUUGGGCACGAGGGUACCAAGCCUUCGCAAGUCGUCUACCUUAAGAACGGCUCCAUCUUCACGACGGGCUUCUCGAAAAUGAGCGAGAGACAAUACGCUCUGUGGGACGGGCACCUGAACAACAUAGUAAUGCAAGAAAUCGACUCGAGCAAUGGAGUCAUAUUUCCAUUUUACGAUCCGGACACUAAUCUCAUCUACCUCUGCGGAAAGGGAGAUAGUGCAAUCAGAUACUUCGAGAUAACAGAUGAGGCCCCCUACAUUCACUACCUGAACACCUAUCAAUCAAACGAGCCCCAACGAGGUAUCGGCUGGAUGCCAAAGCGUGGUCUGAAUGUCAAUAAUUGUGAGAUCGCCAGGUUUUAUAAAUUGCACACGAAAGGAUUUUGCGAAAUUAUUCCUAUGACCGUACCUCGAAAAUCUGAAUUGUUUCAAGACGAUUUAUACCCAGACACAUUCAGCGAUGUUCCCGCCCUAACUGCAGAUGAAUGGAUUGAAGGAAGGAAUGCUCCUCCGACACUGAUGUCCAUGAAGGAGGGCUACAGAGUGGCCAAGAAGAAUGAACCUACCCCAGCCCAUGCGAGGAGAGCUGUCCUGGCCGACACGCCAGCGUUAAAGAAGACCACAGAACCAGCCAACCACAUCAUCGACCAAUCAAAUAACACCAGACAACAAGUGCAGACGACACCACAAAAUAUUUCCAACACCUCCACCGCUGCUCUUCCGGCAGGUUUCGACGUGCAGAGCAUCUUGGACGACAUUCGCAAGUUGAAAAUCAUCGUGAAGGGUCAUGAGAGGAGAAUUAAGGGCUUGGAAGAGAGGUUGUCGAAUUAUGAAGAAGUGCCUCACAUCAACAACGAUUAUUAAUUUAUCUUUUUAUUUAUUUCAUAUUUUAUCUUUGAUUUAAACUUAAUAUCAUUAAUUUGUAUUCUAUUUAACAAACAUAUCUUUCAUUCUUCUAUUCAUUCACCUAUAAUAUUAAUUCAUUAUUUUUAUUAAUGGUCUCAUCAGAUUUUAACCUUAAAAUCAACUGUUCAGAAGUUUUUUCUUCAAGAGUUCGUCUCAUUUAUACACUGAUGUCUUCAGCCCUAUUACACUGUAAAAACAUGUUUGACUUGUAGAUAACUUCAGACACAUUUCUCAACAUCAUAGUUUCAGUUAAAGUCAGUGACUUAGUCAGGAAUUUUCAUUGUUUAGGAAGAUUUUUUUUUCAUUUUUACGGGUUUAGGGAUUUUUUUUUCGACAAAUUCAAAGACACUCGUCUAUAUUUUUUGUCAUAGAAUAUGAUAGGUCAGCUUUACUACUACUUAAAUUUAUAAAUAAGAUUUUAAAUUUAAAGAAAACGUUGUGAAUAUAUAAGUUUAUUAAUUUUAUUAUUUAAAAUUAAUAAAUAAUUACGUCAAUUAAUAAUUGUUAAUACUAGGUACUGAGCUUGUUGAUAUCGUAUAUUAUUAUGUUACAUCGUCGGAAUCCGCUGAUAUUGAAAAUUUUUUAUUUAAAUUAAUUGAUCGACAUUUUUUUUAUUUUUUAAUAUUAGUGCAAUGUCCGCGGAAGAAAUAGACAUCUUCCUAGCUAUGCAACGUUUUAGAAAUCUGUCAUAGGAUAUUUUACAGUUUACAUUUCAUCACAUUGAACAUUGUAAUUUGCUCUUGUUUUAUUUCAAUUUCAGGCAAUAAAAUACAUCUUGAAAAUUGUAA